CUUUCAUCUUCAAAGCCUUUACAUCAUGAGAUGUAUAACACAAAUGGACCAGCACUUGUUGCUGUGAGGUGAAACUAGAAGUCACGUGUCAUUUUACACCACAACAUUAAAAGAAAAUGAAUGUGUGGAUGUGAAAAAGACAACACAAGCACUAUAUAUAUAUAUAUUCACUUUGACAUGGUACAGAUAGCCAAAAUUAGACCAAAAGUUUUGUAUUAUUAAAAACGUGUUUUCCUGCCCCAGUGUCGCCUACUCCUCCUCCUCCUCUUCCUCCUCCUCCCUCGCCAGCUUCCACCUCCUCACAUACAGCUGAUGAUGAACCAGCCUUUUAACAUUAGCUGCCAGCGCUACGGAACAAAGCUAACGCCUAGCGUCAUAAAAUCUGUACGUGAGAGGACUUGUUAGCUCACUCGUCAUGUGACUGAUCCGCUGUGUAGGUUUUGAUCACAUCUUUAUUUUUUAUUUUUUGGGUAGUUUCAGGUCCCCUUUUCUCUGGCGUAGUCACGUUACUAGCUGUCUUGCCUUGUUUGACAGCGGAGUCAGAGUAGUGAUCAGCUAACAGCUAGCAAUAGCCGGUUGGCGGCUACCGUACAGCGUGGCUAACCACACAGGUUCCAAUUUAACUAAAGAACCGCAGGUCCUUCUUUAAGGGUUAAUCUGCCUGUGCUCAGAUCAAGAGCGGGACAUCAAGCCGGUGUUGUUUAUGAUGAUCAGACCAUAUCCUGGUGCAGUGUUUGAAGCCCCGUGGUCCAUUUAACCUGCCAUAUUGUAUUACACACUGUCUUUUCAUCUGCUUGGAAACACUAUGAUAAUUUACAGUAACCCCACCUUGCCCACUAGGGCAACAGUCCUCAAAAAGCAAUUUCUCCAGAUGAUAUGAUAGUAGCCGCCUGGAUCACUUACUGUGCCUGUAGGAGUUUUGGAAGAGUUCUGCUCUUCCUUUCCACCACAGACUCCCCCCAUUCAGUCUGGAAGACCUUUGUCUGCGUGGUCUCUGGCAGUGGAACCAUGGGUAACAGUUGUGUGUGCCGGGACGACAGUGACGUAGAUGACCACCAUGGGUCGACCAGAGCCACUCGAGGACAAGUGAGACGAGGGGACCACGGCACAGGACUGGGCGUUGAAGCCGGCGAGCCGCGAAGCAGUCGUCCGAGGGACCCGGUCAGACCCCCUCGCCGUGGUCGUGGGCCACAUGAGCCUCGGAGAAAGAAACAGAACGUGGAUGGUUUAGUGCUGGACACACUGGCUGUGAUCAGGACACUUGUAGACAAUGACCAAGAGCCUCCUUACUCCAUGAUCACUCUUCAUGAAAUGGCAGAGACUGAUGAUGGUUGGCUAGAGGUUGUCCAGUCCCUCAUUCGAGUGAUUCCAUUGGACGAUCCACUGGGCCCAGCAGUGAUCACCCUUCUGUUAGAUGAGUGCCCACUGCCAACUAAGGACGCUCUGCAGAAACUCUCCGACAUGCUGAGUCUGAGUUCAAGCGUGGCGAAGCAGGACGCUCUGAACCCUGCGAAACACAGAAACACCACUGCUGUCCUGGGAUGUCUGGCAGAGAAACUGGCUGGACCAGCCAGUAUUGGACUGUUGAGCCCAGGAACUCUGGAGUAUCUUCUAGAAAGCCUGAGUUCUGAGUCCCACCCCACAGUCAUGCUGUUUGCUCUCAUCGCUUUGGAGAAGUUCUCUCAGACGAGUGAGAACAAACUGACGGUGUCUGAAUCCUGUAUCAGUAAUCGACUCGCUGCCCUGGAGGCGUGGGCGGACCAUUCCGACUACCUGAAGAGACAGGUCGGAUUCUGUUCGCAGUGGAGCCUCGACAAUUUAUUCCUUAAAGACGGUCGUCAGUUCACCUACGAAAAGGUCAACCUCACUAACGUCAACGCCAUGCUCAACAGCAAUGAUGUCAGCGAGUACCUCAAGAUUUCCCCCACCGGUCUGGAGGCUCGAUGUGACGCCUCGUCCUUCGAGAGCGUUCGCUGUACCUUCUGCGUGGAUUCAGGCGUGUGGUACUACGAGGUGACGGUCAUCACGUCAGGAGUGAUGCAGAUUGGAUGGGCCACCAAGGACAGCAAGUUCCUCAAUCAUGAGGGUUAUGGAAUAGGUGAUGAUGAGUACUCGUGUGCGUACGAUGGCUGCAGGCAGCUCAUCUGGUACAACGCUCGCAGUAAACCUCACUCUCACCCCUGCUGGAAGGAGGGCGAUGCCAUUGGCUUCCUGUUGGACCUCAGCAAGAAGCAGAUGAUCUUUUAUCUGAAUGGACACCAGCUGCCCCCAGAGAAACAGGUCUUCUCCUCCGCCACAUCUGAGGAAACAGCACUGAGUAAAUGCUCGUCUUUUUGUGUGUGUGUGUUUUUCAGACACCGUCGCCUGGCUUUACUAAAGCAGGUCAGCAUCCGAGACAACUGCUGCACACUCUGUUGUGACGUCAUGGCUGACACAGAGCUGAGACCCUGUGGACACGGUGGUAUGUGUAUGGAGUGUGCCUUACAGUUAGAAACGUGCCCACUUUGCCGCCAGGACAUCCAGACCAGAGUCAGACUCAUCGCACACGUCUCCUGACACCCUUUCUGUCCCUCCUCAGUCAAGGAGACAUGAAAGUCCCCUCACGGCCGACAGGGCUGCGAGGAAGGUGCCACGUUUCUGUGACGAUUCCAGAGUUGUGAGUUCUGGUCAGAGAAGAAAAAGUUGAAGGAGUGGAGAAAAGAACGUAGAGGGAGGGUGACGGGGGAGGGAGUGGGGAGAGGAGUUGGUGGGGUGGAGCGGAGCUACCUCCACCUUUACCUCCUCUUUGAGAAUCCUUCUGAUAAGCUAUGCCACGGAGUGUUUCUGAAGAUGAAAAAGAACGGGGCGAACGGCGGAAAGGCUCACAGAUCUUGAACUGAACCAGCUUCUCGUCUGCAGCGUCCGGCUCUCAGAUUUCCUUUCAGACUGUGCGUUUUUCAGCCCGGUGGCUACAACUAUUUAAUCCCAUCAUCCUUCUGAUGCACACGUCUGCAGAUCUAAAUCGACGCAGUCACUGGAAAAAGAACACUCAGUAUUGAACCCAAGGUACAACGACAUCUGAGAUGUAUCACACUAUCCUGUUUCCUGGUCUACAUAUGAGAAUUGUGUUGUUGUCAAGGUGACUCUGUGACUUUGUUUCUGUCAUGUUGUACCAAAACCUCCUGUUGGAUUAGCUUCACGCCACGUGUACUGGUCGAUCUGUCGGAGAACAGCAGUACUGUUCCAAAACUGCAGUUUUCAGAUUUUUUUGAUCUGCCUUAAAAAAAAAAAUCAAACUUAAAAUCAUUAGUUCUACAGGAGAGACAGCGCCUCCUGUAGGAAGAGAAACAAAAUACUUGAAUCUAUGUGGAUGGAUUUGUUUUCAGCACAGAUGACCCAACUUCUCUUUGUGCUCACCCCACGCCUCACCCCCUCGCCCCCCAACACCUCAUUCUGAUGCUUAAUCAUUUACUCUAAAACACCCACAAUAAACAAAUACACACAAUGUUCUUGGCUUGAUAUCAGUCUGAUUAGAAAAGACGAAGUUCACGUUGCAGCACGACCUCUUUAUUUAUUCUGCGCGCGGGGGCUAACGGCUGUUAAUGUCUUAAUUUUAAAGCGUCUGUAUUAAGACGACCAGUUCCAGUCCGUAAAGAUGUGAUGUAUGGUUUUGUAGAGAAACUUGAUGGUCGUUACUGGUGUGGAUACAAGCAGGAUUUCUUUGUCAACAUUUUUUUUCUUUUGGUAACAAUGUACAGGAUAGAUGUUCUUUGGUGAGAAUUGACAUUUGAAAUAUGUUGUGAUGUAGACGCAGUGAGAACAUCUCAGUGGAGUCUUGACCGUAGCAGUGUAGGCCGGUGUGAUCCAAUGACCCAAAAGCAGGAUAAAACUUAAAUCUGGCUUCUUUUUUUAUUUUCAAUAAAGUUUGGGUUCCAGUCACAGUAUUGUUGGUUUGGUCAUGUGCACGAGAAAAUAAUCUGUUUCUCUUUGCUCUAAAUCCAAAGCCCUUAAAUGUCUUACGUCAAAUUAGAUAAUUAGAGUUAUUUCCUCCCGGAGCUUUUACAAAACGGCACAACUUCCAUUUCAUUUUUCCAUCUUUCCUCCUACAUUUUUUCAGUGUCUUUAUGUUGUUUACUUGAAGCAUCUCUGGGUUUACUCAGUCACAUUUGUUUAUCUAUAAAGCAGUGAUGAAAUGACAGUAAGAGACAUCGUUAUUCAAUAAAUGUUCUGUUGGUCUUCAGUUUUUUUUUUACAUGUAUAAAUAUUCAAUGUUGACAUUUCAAAUUAAAACACAGACAAAUGUAAUUUAUUUUUGGCAAAUUGUGACUUGUUUCUCUUUGCCAAAAAUGCAUGAUCAGGACCUUUACAACUGUUCACACUAUACUGGAAUGGUUCAUGAACUGUAUGACCCGUUUAUGACUUUACAUUUCCUCAAGCACCUUAUACAUGACGGAUGAGAGAAAUUUAUAUUGUUGGUGAUGAACAUGAUUGUAAAAAAGAAAACAACAACAAAAAAAGGUAUUUAAAUCAUCCGUAAAAGGAAUAUUCGCCCCAAAGAUGUGAUUUAUUGUUUCUUGAAUUGUGACAUUUGUAAUAAAUGUUUGGUCAUGUGA